CCAAGAUCGACCAAUGAACAAAAGGAUCGCCAGGUAGACUGGCACAAUAACACAGUACAUCAGGCUCAUUGCAUCAUCAUCAUCUGUAAUCUAUCUGUGAAGGAGUUAUUACAACAGACGAGCUGGGUAGAUAUUGGAUUAUUAUCUAGAGCUGCUCUAGCCAGAGGAACGAAGCGCUGGAGUUUGGGCGUGAAGUCUUUGUUUCUCCUUUGGAUCCAUUAACCUUAUCCCACCACAGGCGUAGCCGCAGCAAUGACCAGCUUGGACGAUAAUGGUCAAGACGCUGUAGCACCGUCAGAAGACUCUGCUGCGACAGACAGCUCCUCUGCUCCAGUCGUCGUCACACCCCCACAAAAGAUAGAAGAGGAGCAGCCGGCACCGGCAUCCGAUUCUGUCGAUACUGCCACCACCACAGCUACCACCACUACUACAACAAAUCCUCCUGAGAUUCUAACCAACACACCCAAACCGAGGAAUCUGCCCCCUAGAAAUGCCACAUCAGAUUCGUUGCGAUCAGGACCGUUGCCAACCAUCGAGGAAUGCUUGUUUGGAAUACCCCGUGAUAUCACUAACAAAACUCUAGAAGAUGACGAGGACGAAACGGCCCAGUUCUAUGUACCCCUCAAUGUACUGCGACGAGUAGCCUCCCAAGGAAUUGACGAUGACGACGAAAAACUGGGGGGAAGUCAGCGUGGAUUGGCUUGGAGACUCCUCUUGGGAUUUCUGCCGGCGGAUCGGCGUGAAUGGCAGAAAACUUCAGAUCAACAGCGUCAGUCCUAUCAUGCCUUCGUCCAAUCGCUGUUUUGUGUAGAGGAACGCGACAUUAAUGGAGCCGAAUUAAGAGGACAUCAUAGCAAACGACAUCGCAACAAAUACGAUGAAGAAGCUAGGAAAAAAGAGCGACAAGAAAGGAGAGAACAGAGAAGACUGUCCAAAGAAAACAAUUCACUGGAUGGAUCGUCGUCGCGACACGAAGACAGCCUGAAUCCACGAUCACCUGUCAAAUUUCUGGAUGAAAGCAAUGGUGGUUUCGAAAAAGAAAAUGGAGACAUGUCGAGCAGCGACAAUUUGGAUGAUGGCGAAGAUAACCGUGGCGGAUCUGAAACAGAAGAAAAGACGAGCGAUAAUGGAAAUGAUACCGAAGAAGAAUCGCCACGGAAAGCACUUCCCUCUACCAGGGAAAAGCUAUCGUCGUCCGAUGUGCUGCAUGACGACCCCGCCCAAUGGAACAUGUCGGUUAGGGAACAGAAAAUCUUGGAACGUCUGACAAACCAUGAUGCCGUCAACCAGUUGUUGGUCAAGCGUAACUGCAAGACCUGGAACAACUUUCUCGAGAAUGCUACCUUGCUAGAUGAGAUUCGAAAAGAUGUCAAUAGGACACAUCCACACCUCUACUUUUACUUGGAACCUGAUCAACGACUGGGAGCUAGGCGGUAUGGAGCACUCGAGCGGAUCCUUUUUGUUUGGGCCAAGUUGAAUAAAGGAGUCCGAUAUGUGCAAGGAAUGAACGAGAUAGUGGGAACUCUGUAUUAUGUGCUUGCCAACGAUUUCAAUGAUGAAUGGGCGGAUCAUGCCGAGGCCGAUACCUACAUUCUGUUCAACAAAAUCAUGUCCGAAACCAGAGAUAUCUAUGUCUCAGAUCUUGAUACGGCAGAUACUGGCAUUGUGGGAAGAAUUGGCAAUAUGCAAAACUUACUCAAGUUGCAUGAUCCGCAGGUGAAAGGCCACCUGGACGACAUGGCGAUCGAUGCAUCGUUCUAUGCUGUGAGGUGGUUGACGACCCUACUUUCUCGAGAGUUCUUGCUGCCAGAUACAAUACGCCUCUGGGACAGUAUGUUCGCUUCUACGCACAAGGAAAACUUUUUACGAUAUGUCUGUGUGACUAUGGUGCUCAGGAUUAGGGAACAGUUGCUACUUUCAGACUUCGCGACGUGCCUACAACUACUACAAAGGUACCCCUCGUGCAGCAUGGACGAACUACUGGAGUCCAGCCGGGCUCUUUGGAUCUACGAAUCACAGAUCACAAUGGCCUGCGUCAAGGGCGGCCUGACGUUGCAUCAGUCUUUGCAGGCAAUCCCCCCUCCAGAAAAAACCAUAAUGGCCUUUGGGUUGCGGGGUGGUGUUGCCCUGACCAAUCGAGAACAACUAGAACAAGCAAGUGCCAAUGCGAAGGAAGCUGUGAAGAAUAAUGUGAACCGAGCGAGGCAAGGACUGAGUACGGCGAAACAAGGUCUUUUGGGAGGUGCUCGUAGGUUCCUCCAGAACCGAAGGAUCAAACGAAGUAAAUCAUCAGGUGCCUCAGGUUCAGAUGAAGGAUUUGAUAAUGAACAAGACGAAGAAGAGCAGCAGCAAUUCGAAGAAGGAGCAUCGGAUGGAGACACACCUGGGAUGCCUCAGAGAGGCAUGUUUAGGAACUUAAGCUUUGGUGGCCGUGCUGCGAGUGAGGGAACCGAACCAGUGUCGACUUCCAACGGCGAGAAAGCUCCUGCCAUUCCUGCGUCGGUUUCGGAUGAUUUAUUGUAGUUAGACGACAACCCUCUUGCUAGCUAGCUAGCUAGUCUUGUUGGGUAAAUAUAAGCGCAGUAGUCUAGCUUUUCUGCCAUGAUGGAAGUUUUGUGCUUGAGGU